UUGCAAGUGCUAGCAAAAUUUCAAUAUGUCGAAGCGGGUGAGCAUUAUCACGCCAGACGAGCUGGCUGCAGAGGGAGCAGCUACUGCAGAGGCUGUAACUCCUUCAUCUAGACGCUCAUCAGCGACAUCGGUGAGAGCCAAAAAUUCGAAGAGUAGCUUGAAAGUUAUGCCCAGUGCUGAUGUCAAAACAAAGAGUGAAACUAAGCUGAAAAGUGAACACGAUACGAAUGCGAACACUGAGAGCGCCUUGGUGAAACUGUCCAUGACGGAUCUGUUCUCGGAUGGCUGUGAACGCUAUAAGAAGGAUUGCUGCUGUUGCCACUGUGUGGCUGUGAGGAAGGCCUUGAGGCAGGCAGCAUAUCUGCAAACGCCGGAAGGCAAAGAGCGGACGCAGCUGAAGAUGCAUCUGAAGAGCUUCUUCAUGGACAUCAAUGCAAUGACCCACGUACGCCGGACGAUCGAGGCGAGGCUGCAUGGAAACAAGGAGCCGACACCCUCACCAACCAAGAGUUUUCCCAUAACCAUAACUGAUGUAGAACCGAUAGAUGAGCAUUGCAUGUCCAUAGAUUGGUAUCUGCACGAUGACUCCAUGGUGACGCACUACGAGAUCUAUGUGGACAAUAGGAGGCGAAAGCGCAUAUUCAAUCCCUUGGUGACGAGCACGGUUCUCCUGGACGUGGACAUGAAACGCUCGCACAAGAUUCGCAUGAGGGCGAUGCCCAAGAAGUGUGCCAGCUCGAAUACCGAUCCCAUGGAUAAACUUGUCCGGGAUGUGUGCUGUGGUGGCCUCAAUAACAUCCUUGAUUCCGACUAUUUCUGUCAGUGUGCCAACAAAUCGAAAAUGGAGAAAAUCAAGGUGCAUUACAAAAGGAACUCGUGCCAGGUGCUGGUCGAUUUCUGGAAGGACAGCGAGUUCUUUUACAUACCCUCCCUUCUCUCUGUAGAUCAAUUGUAGGUCCUCAAUUUAUCACUUUUUGGUAACUCCUAAUUCAAUUUUUAAAUGUAAGUCACAAGUCAAAAUUUUACAUAUUCUAAAUUGUAUUUAACAAAGUUGAAGCUAAUAUUGAAUGAGGUCGUUCCUAAAGGGACUGAUUAACUUGUAACAUAUUUAAAAUACUGCAAAUCAGGUUAUAAUUGCAGCAAUUCGAAGUUUCAUUUACAUACAUCGUUAAAAUCGGAGAAAUCUGAAUAAAAUAAAAGUUUUUAAGUGCCACUCAAACGUGGAAGCUGCGUGUGUCGAGUGUUGUCUGUCAUCCAAAGACAAGACUUUCGCACUUUGAACUCAGCAUCUGAA